UGUUUCGCUUUUGACUGGAGUAGCAGCUGACUGGCGUGGCCGCAGUCAACAACAGCUAUCACAACAGUGCGCCAGUCAGCGCUACUGUAUCCAAUCAUCAAUUUAGGACAGCAAGUUUUAGUUGUUUUGAUAUUCAUGUGCUCUCUGGUCCUCGUUUUACCGUGCCUGGUGUUAUGGAAAGCUGACAUUUGAAGCGUGUCCCGCAAUUUUCCACAUCAGAUGUGGUCGGUUCAAGCAAGCUAGAAACACAAACUGACGCAAGAUGGAGAAACCUCCUUUCAGACAGAAUCAGGUCUGUGGGUCAUGGCUUAUGAAGGAGAGGCUGGGGACAGGAGGAUUUGGACAUGUCUACCUGUAUCAAAAUCAGGAAACCUCGGAAAAGAUUGCUGUGAAGCUCUGUCGCCUUGAACUUAAUGCAAAAAACAAAGACAGAUGGAGUCGAGAGAUCCAAAUUAUGAAAAAGCUGAAGCACCUUAAUGUGGUUACAGCAAAGGAUGUGCCUGAGGAGAUGAUGCACAUUGCCUUGAACGAUUUACCGCUUUUAGCCAUGGAAUACUGUUCCAAGGGAGACCUUAGAAAGUUACUCAGCAAACCAGAAAAUUGUUGUGGGUUAAAAGAAAGUGAGGUGUUGGCGCUACUCAAUGAUGUUGGUUCUGGAAUCCAGUACCUCCAUGAGAAUAAGAUCAUUCACAGAGAUCUCAAACCAGAGAAUAUUGUGCUACAAGAUAUCAGUGGAAAGCUUGUCCACAAAAUAAUCGACCUUGGCUAUGCCAAAGAUCUAGACCAGGGGAGUCUAUGUACUUCAUUUGUGGGGACUUUACAAUAUCUGGCUCCAGAGCUGUUUGAAGGCAAGUCGUACACAGUCACUGUGGACUAUUGGAGCUUUGGCACCAUGAUCUUUGAGUGCUGCUGUGGAUUUCGACCGUUUCUUCAUAAUCUUCAGCCUGUGCAGUGGACAAGCAAAGUGCGAAACAAGGGUCCUAAGGACAUAAUGGCUGUAGAAGACAUGAAUGGUGAAGUCCGCUUUUCCACCCGCCUUCCUUACCCCAACAAUCUGAGCAGGACACUACUGGAGCCCUUAGAGGGGCUGCUACAGCUGAUGCUAAAGUGGGACCCAGUACAGAGGGGAGGAGGAUUGAAUCCAGAAACAAAACAGCCCCAAUGCUUUUCUCUUCUAGAUCAAAUACUGAACAUGAAGGUUGUGCACAUCUUAAACAUGACAACGACCCAGGUUCACUCAUUUCUGCUUAGCCCAGAUGAAGGGCUUCUUUCUCUGCAACACAAGAUUGAGACCGAGACCAACAUUGAACUUUUGAAUCAAGAGCUUCUGCAAGAAACAGGAGUCAUGUUAGAUCCCAGGAAACCUGCUGCACAGUGUGUGUUAGAUGGAGUAAGAGGAUGGGACAGCUACAUUGUAUAUCUGUUUGACAAGAGUUUGACCAAGUACUCAGGACCUCUAACAGCUAGAACACUUCCUGAGAGUGUGAACUUUAUCGUGCGGGAAACCAAAACUCAGCUCCCUCUGAGUGCCCUUAAAAAGGUUUGGGGUGAGGCAGUAAGCUACAUUUGUGGCCUCAGAGAAGACUACAGCCGCCUCUUCCAGGGCCAACGUGCAGCCAUGUUGAGCCUUCUCCGCUACAACACCAACCUUACGAGAUAUAAGAACAUGAUGUUUUCCUUUUCGCAGCAGCUCAAAGCAAAGCUUGACUUUUUUAAGAGCAGCAUACAGUAUGACUUGGAGAAAUACAGUGAUCAGAUGCAGUACGGCAUAUCCUCUGAAAAAAUGCUGAAGGCUUGGCAGGACAAUGAAGAGAAGGCUGCUGCGUUUGUACAGGUGGCAGAGAUCGGCCACCUGGAUGAGGAAAUAAUGGCUUUGCACUCAGAAAUUGUUGAGCUUCAGAGAAGUCCUUAUGCUCGUCGACAAGGAGACGUCAUGGAGCAACUGCAAGACAGAGCAAUUGAACUCUACAGACAAUUGAAGGCAAAAUGUAAAAUGCCAGACCCCCAGCACGGCUACAGUGACAGCUCUGAGAUGGUGAAGGUCAUUGUACAGACUGUCCAGAAUCAGGACCGGGUACUGCGGGAUCUAUAUGCACACCUCAGUAAAAUCCUUCUGAGUAAGCAGAAGAUCAUCGACCUCUUCCCUAAAAUUGAGAGGACACUGGAGAGCAUUAAGGAGGCAGACAGCACUGUCAUGCAGAUGCAGAUCAAGAGACAGAGAGAGUUCUGGCAUUUACUGAAGAUUGCCUGUGCACAAAACACCACGCGAAGCUCUGCGAGUCAGAGUGGAGAGAUGCCCUCCUCGCUGUCAACAUGGAACCAGACUCAAGCCCAGUGCUCCUCUCGCCUGCCCAUGUCUCUUCAAGUGCCACACGAGGGAGAUUCAGUCAAUCAUUUACUUGAGGAGAACCAGCGCUAUUUGAGUCAGCUUACCAGUUUACUGCAAGAAACCACUGAGGAGAAAUCAGAGAGCAUCAUGGCUCAAGACUGGAGCUGGACUAAAUACGAAUCUCUGGUUGCUAAAUCACAGCGUUUGUAGAGUUAUGGUGAACUCUGUGACAGGAAGUAACAAGUCAUUCUUUUAAAUACAUUUAUUCAUCAUCACUGGUUCGGGGUUGUGUUGACUUGUAUGAUUUGUUAAUCAUAAAGUAACUUCUUUGUCAGUAUCUGAAUUCAUUUAAAAUCACAUUUUGCAGUCUUGUAGCAACUCUAUAUAUUUUGAGGAUGCAUUUUUAUUUGAUGCAGAACCAAGAACAUGCAAACUAAAUUCAGGCAAUGUAACAAUGUAACUCCAGAAAUGUAUUUAUUUACGUACUUCAUAGUUCUCUGUAUGGGCUGAUUGUACUUUGAUUUUAGGUGGUUGAGUUUUUUUUUUUUUUUAUUAUUAUUAUUAUUAUUAUUAUUAUUAAAUAUGGUAGUUCAGCAUCUGCACUUUAAAGGCUCACUGUGAAUGUUUGGAAAGGUGUGAGGUCCGCCAAUGAAAUCGGUCAUGUUCAAAUAAUGCACUUCAGCUUCACUUUUUCAAAUCUUAAGAAUUCUGUGAGGCCCCAAGUAAAGGUUUACAACAGACAGAUUGAAAGGCAGAAUAAUGUUGAGGAUGAUAAAAGCAUAAAUCUUUAGUCACAGGUCCCAUGAAAAUGUGUUUGGUCAGACGUAUACCAGCACAGUCUUUUUUUAUAUUUUGGAUUUGGCAGUGAUGGCAACAGAAAUCUUCACACCAGGUAUUAGCGGUUAAGAAUGAAUGAGAUCAUUCAUCAGUGGGAAAAUUAUAAUCAAUAAUUGUAUUCCCUUUUUACGUCACAUUUUCAACCAUGUUUUUGUCCAAAGAUGAUCAGCGUCACACAAGAGAGUUCAUCACAAAUUGUUGUACAAGAUUUUGCAUAUUAUGUUUUGUUUGUUUUGUUGAAUUAUUAUCUGAGGAUAUUUCAGACAUGGGUUAAAAGCAUCUUAUGAAAGAACACUUAGGUUUUAACGUGUUUACUGUAUACAUGACAAAUAAAGUAAUUAAAGUGAUAUCCAUUAUGUUA